UUUGAGUUUUCAAAAUAAGCAUUUCAUUACUUCUCUAACUUAAAGCAAAAUGUUUAAAUUCUUUGCCUUCUUUGCCUGUGUCUCUGUAGCUUUGGCUGCUCCCGGUUUAUUGGCUGAACAUCAUACUAUUGUCCAAGAGCCUGUGUUGGCUAAAGUUGGCUCUGUUGUUCACAGCGCUCCCUCAGCUGUAUCGCAUCAAAGUUUCACUCGUGUCCACAACAAAGCUGUCGUUGCUCCCGUUGUUGCACCCGUUGUAAAGACCACCGUUCAUGCUGUUCAACCUGUUGUCCACACUUAUGAAUCCGCUCCCGUUGUACAUGCUGCCCCCGUUGUCCACUCUCUUCCCGUAGUCAAGACUGUGGAAACUCCUGUGGUCCACACCUAUCAUGCUGCUCCCGUAGUCAAAACUGUCCACACUCCCGUCCUUAGCCACGCUGUAUCCCAUCAAUCCCAUGUCCAACUUCACUCCAAUGCUGCUCUCGUUACCCCCGUUGUUCAUGCUGCUCCCGUCACUCAUGUCUUCCAUCAUUAAGCAUGUUGAAUUUAAGCUGCAAUUGAAUUUUAUGUUUUAAUAAAAAAAUUAUGUAAAAAAGAAUUUGAAA